AUGAGAGCAAUGCUGGCUUCAACCGCACGCAGCGUGCUGCGACAGAGCUCGAUCAGCGCUCCUGCGCGAAGCUUCUGCGCCGCAUCCGCCCCUGUGCUCAACUCGGGCAAUCGCAAGGCUGGCAAGCAAGAGCAAGAGCCAGUUGCACGAACGGGUCUCAAGGACUUGCAUCCGCUCCCCAAGGAAAUGAAGGAGCAGCUCGAAGAAGCUGAUACACCCAAAGACCCAUACACGGCUUCCGGCAACUCGAACGACCCAGCUGUCCACUCGAGUCGACCCGCCUCCCAGCCUGCUGAGCCCGAAGUCAGCAUCAAGAAGGCUGCGCCAGGACUGGCAAAGAACGCAUCAUCCAGCAAAAAUCCUUCGUCCUCUCGCAGCUUCAGCUCAAUGUCGGUCGCCUUCAGCUCGCGUGCUCGAGGCUUCUCCAAGCAGCAGCAGCAGCCCGCGGCACGAACAAGCCUCAAGGAUUUGCACCCGCUGCCCGAGUCUAUGCGCGAGCAGUUGGAGAACGCAGACGAACCACAGGAGCCAUACACGGCUUCGGGCAACUCGAAUGAUCCAGCCGUGCACUCGAGUCGACCCGCUGAGCAGCCAGCGCAUCCCGAAGUGAGCCCCAGUGUAGCCGCCCCUGGACUCUUGAACGGAUCGUCGGGCAAUGGCACCUCGUCUGCUUCGACAUCGACACCAUCCAACAGCAGCAUUUCUGAGGAGUGGGGCACUAGCUUCGCCGGACUCGGGGAGCGCUCCUUCAGCAAAGACGCGAUCGACGUGCUGAUGGCUCCGGUCAACGAAACCGACGUCGAGAUCAAGCCCGACGGUCUCAUCUACCUUCCCGAGAUCAAGUACCGUCGCAUCCUCAACAAGGCUUUUGGACCCGGCGGAUGGGGCAUGGCGCCUCGUAGCGAGACCAACGUCGGACAAGGUAUCGUCAGCCGCGAGUGGGUGCUCAUCUGCCAAGGUCGCUUUGUGGCCACAGCGAGAGGCGAGCAGGAAUUCUUCAAGCCUUCUGGUGUGCCAACAGCGUCGGAGGGCGCCAAGUCGAAUGCGCUGAUGCGUUGCUGCAAGGACUUGGGCAUCUCUUCCGAGCUGUGGGACCCUCGCUUCAUCCGACAAUUUCGCAAGAAGCACUGUGUCGAGGUGUGGGCACAGGACACGGCUGGCAAGAAGAAGAAGCUCUGGCGUCGAAAGGAUGACCCUGCGUUCGAGUACCCUUGGAAGGAGACUGGCAUGGCUUGA